GUGGAGUGGGAACAGUGUCAGACUCGAGUCUUCCUCCUUCUCGGAGGGAACCAGCCACUUCGGGCUGCCCUGCGCUCCCCUGUACAGGGCGACUUGCCCCCCGCCUGCUCCGCCGCGGACGCACCCCGAGAUGGAGAGCAGAGCCCUACUCCUGGUGGCCCUGGGCAUGUGGCUGCAGAGUCUGGCCGCCGCCGCCCGAAUUCCAGGAGGAAAUGAUUUUGUAGAUAUCGAAAGUAAAUUUGCUCUAAGGACCCCUGAAGACACAGCUGAGGAUACCUGCCACCUCAUUCCCGGAGUGAUAGAAUCUGUGGCUAACUGCCACUUCAAUCACACCAGCAAGACCUUUGUGGUGAUCCAUGGCUGGACGGUGACAGGAAUGUAUGAGAGUUGGGUGCCAAAACUUGUGGCUGCCCUGUACAAGAGGGAACCGGACUCCAAUGUCAUUGUGGUGGACUGGCUGUCACGAGCCCAGCAGCAUUAUCCAGUGUCUGCAGGGUACACCAAGCUGGUGGGAAAAGAUGUGGCCAAGUUCAUCAACUGGUUGGCGGAGGAAUUUCAGUAUCCUCUGGACAAUGUCCAUCUUUUGGGAUACAGCCUUGGAGCGCAUGCUGCUGGCAUUGCAGGAAGUCUGACCAAUAAGAAGGUCAAUAGAAUUACUGGUCUAGAUCCAGCUGGACCUAACUUUGAGUAUGCAGAAGCUCCAAGUCGUCUUUCUCCUGAUGAUGCAGAUUUUGUAGAUGUCUUACACACAUUCACAAGAGGGUCACCUGGCCGAAGUAUUGGAAUCCAGAAACCAGUAGGACAUGUUGAUAUUUAUCCUAAUGGAGGCACUUUUCAACCAGGAUGUAACAUUGGGGAAGCCAUCCGUGUGAUUGCAGAGAGAGGCCUUGGAGAUGUGGACCAGCUAGUGAAAUGCUCCCAUGAGCGGUCCAUUCACCUCUUUAUUGACUCUCUGUUGAAUGAAGAAAAUCCAAGUAAGGCCUACCGGUGCAACUCAAAGGAAGCCUUUGAGAAAGGGCUUUGCCUGAGUUGCAGAAAGAACCGUUGCAACAACAUGGGCUAUGAGAUCAAUAAGGUCAGAGCCAAAAGAGGCAGCAAAAUGUACCUGAAGACUCGCUCUCAGAUGCCUUACAAAGUCUUCCAUUACCAAGUAAAGAUACAUUUUUCUGGGACUGAGAGUGAUGCACAGACCAACCAGGCCUUCGAGAUCUCUCUGUAUGGCACUGUGGCUGAGAGUGAGAACAUCCCUUUUACCCUGCCUGAAGUUUCUGCUAAUAAGACAUACUCUUUUCUAAUUUACACGGAGGUGGAUAUUGGAGAACUGCUAAUGUUGAAACUCAAAUGGAAGAGUGAUUCAUACUUCAGCUGGUCAGACUGGUGGAGCAGCCCUGGCUUUGCUAUUGAGAAGAUCAGAGUAAAAGCUGGAGAGACUCAGAAAAAGGUAAUCUUCUGUUCCAGGGAGAAAGUGUCUCAUCUGCAGAAAGGAAAGUCGUCUGUGGUAUUUGUGAAAUGCCAUGACAAGUCUCUGAAUAAGAAGUCUGGCUGAACCUGAGCAAAUCUACAGAAGGAAGAACAGCACAUAAAUUCUAUGAAGAAUGAAGUAACUUUUACAAAGGAUGCCCAGUGCUUUGGGUGUUUCAAAGAGAAUUUUACUGAGUAUUAAUCCCAGCUCUGUCUUUGUUAGUUGUUUUAGGAUACAGUCUCAAACACUCAAAAAAGUGGCUAAUUCAAUUUGAGGAGUAUAGUGGCCAAAUAGCACAUCUAACUUUAAAAGAUUAUAGAUUUGAAAAUCACUGUUUUGUCUUUUGAGAAAGAGAUAAGACUGUUUUGGCCCAUGGGAAAGAAGAUGCCUUCUUUAUCUAGUGAGUUUAGCCAUAGCCUAAAAUUGAGUAGAAUCUCAUAUUUUAAUUGGAAGUCUGCAUUUUCUGGAUUGAUAUCUUCUCAAAGUUUUCUUCAAGUCUGAAAAAAGAAAGUGAUUUUUUUUUUUUUUUUUUUUUUUUUUUUGGUGGCAUGAGUUGGACCCAUUUACUUACCAGUCAAAACGUCUGACUUUUUUUGGAAUGAUUCUUCUCUUACCAUUGGGUUCUGUGUUGCCCAGGAGUUAACCAGGGACUAGAGACUUGAGGAGAGGAAUAGAAAAUGAAGAUGAUAAAUCACUGAAACUUUAAAACUUCCCUGCAGCUGGUUGCAUCAUUGCUAAAUUACAAAUUAAAAGAGAUAUAAAAUUCAGACCAUUUCAGUCUCAGUAGGCUUUACAGUUUAUUGUUUAAUCUCUGCCCCCUCUUGUCUCAAGAUUAUAUUUUAACAGUGUUUUCUAGGUUGGUGUUUUACAUGAGCUUGUUAUUUUCAACAAACACAUAAUUUUAACUAUGGGGGAAGGAGAUGAUACCACAAUUUCAUUAUCAGACUUCAGAAAUUAUAUUCAUCAAUUUGAGGUCAUUUAAUAUCCUAUAGGCACUAUUCCAUUUUAGAUUUAUCUCAGUCAUGCUUCAGUCAUACUUUGAGAAUGUCUUUUUCUUCCUUGGUUUUAAAGAAAAUAUGUAUUCAAGGUCAUGCAUCAUGUAAAGUCUUAUAAAUUUUAGACAACGACCAUUUUUACUAAGUUUAGAGGUGAAAGUAUUUACCCAUAAACAGUGCUAAAAACCAUCGUGGGCAAUUAAAAAAAUUCUCAAUUGCCACUGCCACAUGAAAUGCCAUGGGAGAUGUUGUUUUUAACAACUAGUCAAGAGUGAGUGAACAGUUAUUUAUAAACUAGCUAUCAUAUCUUCAGAAUGAUCUAUAUCUUAAUAUAAAUUGAUAAAGAAGUAAAAUGUCUCAAAGGCUAUUGCUGGGAAUCCAAAUUGUGAACAUGUGUGGGUAUCUGAACAUAUUACUCAUACAUGAAAUCCCACAUGUACAUUUAUUAUUCAGCAUACCUUGGAAAGCAAAUAAUCAAGGGAUAUAGUAUUAGGAUGUAUUGGAGUAAAAAUUAUCCCAGAGGUGCUAGAACUUCAGCCCUUCAUUUGAGAAAUAUGAUUAUGCCUAUACAAAGUAGGAUGAAUGCUGUGAUUGAUGUCAGCCAACUUGGAAUGAAUUUUCUCUAAAAAUAAAAUAUUGUGAGAUUUAUUGUUGUCAUCCCCCUUUAUUGCUAAUUCAUUAAUUUUCUGGAUUUGGGUUUUGAACAAGGGUGCAUAACCUUGAGAAAAUAUAAAUCCAGUCAGUAAAGGCCCUAGGAACUCUGGCUUCUGCAGACUUCAUUAUACAUAUAUGUAUAUGUAUAUGUAUAUAUACAUAUAUAUAUAAUAAUAAUGCUUUGGCUUUAAAUGUUAUUUAUUAGCUGUAAAUAUAUGUGUGUAUGAGUAAAGGGAGAUUGCUUUAUUGGAAAGGUUUUGGGUAACUACAUUUAUAGACAUGUGGUGCUAACUUUGUACAUGUCUUUGUCAGUGACAGUCUCACUGGGCCAACUUACUCUGAUGAAAUAAUACCACAAAAUAGACUUUUUUUAAAAAAAGGAAACUUAAAAUUAUUUUAAGAAAUAGAACCUGCUUUUAAUAAAAUUGACAAAAUUUUACUAAAACACUAA